AUGAGCAAAGAGUUCAGAUUCAUUUUGAAGGCCUGCAAAGCAACUGUGCGCAAAACACAUACUGGUGGAAAGAAAAGGGCCAACCCUUUAUUCACAACAAUGUCAGUAGCCCCUGCAGAUGAUGAGCCUGGUGAAAUCGGCCAUGCUGAGAAGGUCCUCUCCAAUGGUGACUUCUAUACAGGCCAUUGGGUUGAUAACUAUGCGCAUGGCCAAGGCAAGUACUUGUGGACAGAUGGGUGUAUGUAUGUUGGUGAAUGGCAGAAGGGCAAGACAGCAGGGAAAGGAAAGUUUAGUUGGCCUUCUGGUGCCACUUAUGAAGGUGAAUUCAAGAAUGGGUAUAUGGAUGGUAAAGGGACUUAUACAGGUGCUGCAGGAGACACCUACAGAGGUUCAUGGGUUAUGAAUUUGAGAUAUGGUCAAGGGACUAAGAGCUUUGUCAAUGGGGAUUACUAUGAGGGUGAAUGGCGCCGCGGAUUGCAGGACGGUCAAGGGCGGUAUCAAUGGAAAAAUGGGAACCAUUAUAUUGGUCAGUUGAGGCAUGGAAUGAUUCAUGGGAAUGGAACUAUGAUUUGGAGCAAUGGGAAUAGGUAUGAUGGGUCUUGGGAAGAAGGUUUACCUAAAGGAAAUGGCACAUUUCGGUGGGCUGAUGGGAGUUUCUAUGUAGGGGUUUGGAGUAAGGACUCAAAAGAGCUGAACGGGACUUAUUACCCAGCAGGGUCCUCUGGUGGUAAUGUGGAUUGGGAUCCUCAGGAGGUGUUUGCAGUGGACUUAAGUGAUUGUAAGAUAUGUUCGGUUGAAACUAUUUCGACUUUCCCUUCACAGAAGAUGCUGAAUUGGCCUGGAAUGGAAGGGGAGUUCCCGAACAAGCAGGUUAUUUAUAAGAAUGGAAACGAAGGGAAUGCGAGGCCUAGGAGACCUGCAGAUGCGAGGGUGAGUAAUUAUAGUAGGGGAUCCAAUGGAGAUAACAUGUUUGAUGGAAUUGAUAGGAGUUCAAGAGAUGGUAGUGGAGCAUUUGGGAAUCUUGAGUUCGAAGGUUCGGUUGCCAAGGGGAAUAGACAACAGCACUUUAAAGUUCAGCCAAUGAAGAAACAAGGGAUAACAAUAUCCAAAGGGCAUAAGAACUAUGAACUUAUGCUUAAUCUGCAGUUGGGGAUCAGACAUUCUGUUGGAAGGCCUGCUCCAACUACAUCUCUUGACCUGAAGACUUCAGCCUUUGAUCCAAGGGAAAAAGUAUGGACAAAAUUUCCCCCAGAAGGAUCCAAGUAUACUCCACCCCACCAGUCAUGUGACUUCAAAUGGAAGGAUUACUGUCCUGUGGUUUUCAGGACUCUCAGGAAAUUGUUUAAGGUAGAUCCAGCAGAUUACAUGAUAUCAAUAUGUGGAAAUGACGCCCUUCGAGAGCUCUCGUCCCCUGGAAAGAGCGGAAGCUUCUUUUACUUAACCAAUGAUGACCGGUACAUGAUAAAGACCAUGAAGAAGGCAGAAGUAAAAGUGCUUCUGAGAAUGCUUCCAGCUUACUAUAAUCAUGUUCGAGCCUUUGAGAAUACUCUGGUCACCAAAUUUUACGGUCUUCACUGUGUAAAAUUAACAGGGACUGCCCAAAAGAAGGUGCGAUUUGUCAUUAUGGGGAAUCUAUUUUGCUCCGAAUAUGCCAUUCAUAGGCGGUUUGAUUUAAAAGGCUCCUCCCUUGGCCGUACAACCGAUAAACCUGAGUCCGAAAUUGAUGCAACAACGACUCUUAAAGACCUUGAUCUUAAUUAUAUAUUUAGGUUGCAGAAGGUUUGGUUUCAAGAGUUCUGCAGGCAAGUGGACAGAGAUUGCGACUUUCUUGAACACGAAAGAAUAAUGGACUACAGUCUGCUGGUUGGCCUUCACUUCCAAGAAGCUUCAUGCAGGGAACCCCCCACACCAGACCGAACCUCUGGAGUUCGCACUCCUACUGGAAAUGCCGACCCUGACAAUGAAGGGGCCCCUCGCCUUUCGAAAGUCGACAUGGAUAGGCUUAUUUCUGACUCGAACCGGUGGUCUUCGAUUAGAUUAGGUAUUAAUAUGCCUGCAUGGGCUGAAAGGACAGUGAGAAGAAGUGAUUGUGAGGCUCAGUUGGUUGGAGACCCAACAGGAGAAUUAUAUGAUGUCAUUCUGUUCUUCGGUAUAAUUGACAUACUACAGGACUAUGAUAUCAGCAAAAAGCUUGAGCAUGCAUACAAAUCAUUCCAAUAUGACCCAACUUCAAUCUCUGCUGUUGAUCCGAAGCAAUACUCAAGACGCUUUCGUGCUUUCAUCUUCAGAGUUUUUGUAGAAGACACAUGA